AUUGAGUUGCUUUAUUAAGAUUAGUGAUGAUGGGUGAUGGAGAAAUCAAGUAACAGUGGAAAGAAAUAUAAUUAGCUACUUCGAUAAAGUUUCCAAACACAGAACACCAAAGAUAUUCCAAGAUGACAAACAGCUGCCUAUUAAUGACAAACACAUGGCAAAAUUAACAUACCAUAGGCUUUACUAUUCAUUUAUUUACCUGGGAGGAAGUUAAAUAAAAAUGCCUGGCAUGCUUAGGGCAUGAAAACCAGCAGUUAAACAAAAAAUCCAUGGAACUGAUGUGCUCAUACAAAAUGCUAAGCCAAAACUAAGCAAAUCAAAUAAUGAAAUCUGUGAAUCUAAUUAUUUAAACUUUCCAUGAAUCUAUGCUUGUUGACUUUGCACCUCAAACUAAAUCUAAGGCUGUGUUCUCAUUAGAUACUUACCCAUGGUUAAAUGAAUGUGUUAACUACCCCAAUUUUCUGGUUACCCCCAGAAAAUAUACUGAACAAUAAGCUGAUCAUAUGGGUUGUGUGCCUACCACAAAAUUGGGUAAAAUGGGGUUGGCUAAUUAGCUGUUCAGUAACUGUGCACAUACAGCCAUGACCUACAAAUUAGCUAAAUAUAUUUUAGUGUUAUGCAAAUCCAGCCAUUUAAUUCAUUUAUAAUUUAAUGGUUUGUGUGAACCCCUCUACUAAAUUGGGUUAAUUUAGUAGCAAAGUUAAGCAUGUUGCGCAAAUUGGCAAGUAUAUAAUGUGAAUCCUACAGGUUGGUCACUUUCUGGUCAGGAUCAUGGCCAAAUUAACCCCAAGGCAGCUCUCAAUAAUGGUAUGUUAACUUACAGUAUCUGAUUUUGAAGUCCUUGUGUUGUUUGACCUCAGAAGGGAAGGCUGAGUUUAAUUUUCCCUUCUGGCUUUUGAGGACAAAUAUGAGAAGCUAGAGUGGCCUUUUCAGUCUCUCUCCUUAAUGAAUUUGAGACGGAGGAAGGCUAUGGGAAGCUUCACUGUAGUUCUAACUCCAAUCAAGACACUGCAGAUUUCAUUUUAUUAAAUGAAAAAAUAAAUCAUAAAGCCUUUGCAGAGAUGGCUACUCCCAUUAUAAUUUGUGCAGUCAUUGGUUUCUGAUAUAAUGUGGUUCUAGAUCAGUAGGUAAGUCACUUUCCAUGGUUUCAGCCAUAUUAGGGAUACAUCCCCACAUCCUGUUUUACCCAGCAUGAAGAUCCCUACUAAUCAUUUCUUGAGGACAUCAACAUAGGACAUGAUCCUCAGUCUGUCCCUUGCCCAUUGCAGUUGUAGCCUAUACCUGUCUUUCCUUGCUCCACUUCAGAAGUACAGUUUUUCCACUUCCACAGCACAAGCUAUUCUAAAUGGUCAGUCUGCAUAGAAUCACUGUGAGAUAAGUGGAAGGAUGGAGUCACGUCCUGCUCUUUCUGGCUACCUGAGGCUCCUGAAGCGACUCUCCCUUUUGGUCCUAGACACUGAUUUUCAGGGCCAUUUGUCUUUUGGCUGCAGAAAAUCAGGACUCUCCCACUGUGCCAAAAGCCUUUCUCUCCUAUAGGUGGCAGGAGAAACUGGGAGAGGAGGGAAAUAUGAACUUGUUCUUGCCAGGAGAACUCCCUCUGGCCCUGGAAAGCAGACAUGGAAGAAGAGGGUCAUUUGCUGCCACUUUUCCAAGUGGACUGAAGAACUGGAAGCAAGGGAGCAGCUUUCCUGGGCCUUCCCCCAUGCUCCUUUUGCCUCCUGUGGGGGGCAAGAAGAGAGGAGAGGAAGCUGGUUUUUUGGAUGCCAGUUCUCCUGACAUCCAAAAGACUUGGUUCCCCCACAGGUCUGCUAUUCUGCUACCUGCGGAAGUGCUUCCCCUGUGGUUGAGAGGCCAGCCUCCACUGUGGAUUAAGUGGAGAAGGCCUGAGAGCUUUUUUUUAUCCAUGCACACACUGGCCUUGUGGUAAAGUAUUGAACAGGUACCACUUUGAUGUGGACCAGCAGUGUAGAAGGGGACUGUUCAUACAUCCCAAACAGUCCUCACAAGUUCCACAUCAGUGUGCUGAAGCUGGAUAGGUGUUUAAAAUGCCUCCCCUCUUUUCUGAAGCUGUGGGUUGGUUGGUGGCUGUACUGGAGGGAUGUCAAAGCCAGAGGUGACACAUUUAAAACAUCUGCCACUGGGGAGGACAUUUUAAGCUGGGAGAAGCAGCUGUGCCACUGCAUUCUGUGGCUAAAGAUGGCAGAGCAGCUUCCCAAGGCGUGCUCCUUUCACUCUUCCCGUCCCCCACUUCAGCCAUUACCCCUGGCAAGAAAAGCAGGGACUGGGCCUUCUCUCUCCAUUCCUCUUGCCAUGGAUGGUAGGAGGAACAGGGAGGAGAAGAGCAACAAAGAACAACUCCUUUGGUUCCAGUCCUCAGAUCCCACAGGCCUUCUGCUGGCAUCAAGUGCGGGCUUCCCCACUCUACUUCUCUCCUCCUCCAGGCUCUCAGUGCCACAGAACUCCAGUUCUGUUUCAUUACCAAAACAGAAUCAGAGUCCAAAGUUCAGUCAGCUCUUCUUUGAGCUUCUGAGUCAGCUACCAUGGAGAAGAAUCAUAGGUCAGCCUUCUUGUGCCAGUGUGGCAUAUGUAUCAGAUAAAGGGGGCAUAGUUAAUAAACCCUAAGGCAAUUUGUUAAGGUACAACAGCUUCUUUGUUUUGUCUUAUUAUGUCAAUAUUUUCUAAUUAAAGAUUCUGACUAUGAAACCAGGCACUGAUCAAGAGGAACUGGGUUAUAUUCAAUGCCCAGGUGAAAUGAACUACAGAUAAUUAGUCCUGCACAACUAACUAGACUGCCAAAUUGUUCACAUUUCACCCAGACUUCUAUUCUAUGUUAAAGUUGUUAGAAUGCCAAACAUCAAAACAUGUUCUUUAAAUUCCUUUUGUACAAAAUUUGAAGCAAGAUGUACAAGGACAGUGUAACAGUACUGCAGACUUCUCAUUUGAUUGGCCACACAUGUCUGCUUCCUUUUAUUUUAUGACAAAAAAAAAAACAGAAGUGAAAUCUAAAGGUGGCAUGUAUGGUAAUAUGAGCAUUUAAAAAAAUUCUAAACCUGCACCCUAUUAAAAAGGGUGCAAAGAGGCUUUGAAGCCUACUGCUGGUCCUUUCUGUUGCCCAAUGUUAUAUUUGUUUAGAAGAAAAAUCUCCUUGAACUCAGUGGAGUCAUUUUCUGAUCAUUUUCCAACCACAAUUUUCUGUUACAGCUGGUCUGUUACAAGAAAUGAAUGAGGCUGCAAUCUUAUGCAUACUUGAUGGAAAUAAAUUUGAUAGCUAAAGUGGUGACUUUCCAAAUGAUAAUAUAUGGCUGUAAAAAGCUGUGCAUUGAGAAAGAACAAGGGAAAUAUAAGCAUAAUUGAAUUAUGGAUUUGGCAAGAUUGCUAGGAAUAUCAUGGCCCUGCAAGAAGCAGGAAAUAAAGGCUGACUGCUCACUCUGAGACAAUGAUCAACAGCUAAAAACUCACUAUAUGAGGCAAAUGGAUGACAGAUUAGGAAAAAUGAUUGUAUUUGUUUUAGGGAAAUAGAGAAGACCAUGGAUGAAAUGGACAACAUGAAAUGACUUUGGAAGACCUGUGGAUUGUUGCUGGGAUCAGCAUAUUUGUCCAUAGAAUGGCCAGGGUCAGGCUUGAGUCAAUGGCACCUAACAUUACACAUGACUUCUCAGAAGUAGCAUGUUGGCACAUUACACUAAACCACAAAAAUAGUCAACCUCCCUGUUUGGCAAACCCAGCUCUUGUGGCACAUGAGAUGAGGCCAGCUUGUGGCACAGUGUGCCCCUCAAUUCAAAGAGAUUUAACUCCAGCUAAGAAGGCAGUGGCAAACCGCUCCUACAUUGGUGCCAGAAAUUGGCAUGGAUGCAUUCACAAAGUGUUGCACAUGACCUGGCAACUUGACAUUUUUGAAAUGCUCAUGAAAUGAUAUACUGCAACCGUUUUACGCAAAUUUCUGUUGCAAGCUCCUUCCAUUGGGUAGUUUGCACAUCACCCUGAGUCAUGGGUUGUUUGGUGACUUACUGAAUCAUAUCACUCAGUCACACACUAAGCCUAAACCAGGCAAAAUUUAUGCUUUACUACAAUGCAUGAAUUCAACUCUGAGUGCAAUAGUUUACCUCCCAAGAUCCUAGUCGUCCAGUCGCAAUCCGGGUAAUAUCACUCCCACUCUCCAGGCAAACCGGAAGAUCCCCAUCCAGCGGCAUUUUGAAAUCCCCCACACAGAAAAUAAUUUAUGCAAGGAAGAACGGGCGGGGGGGGACAAAAAGCUUUAGUGGAGCCACUUCCACCCAAACCCCAGUCCGGGGAGGAAGGAGGGAGAGGAUGCGGGCUCGAACAACUUCCUACUCCGCUCCCAGCAGCAAACGCUGAAAGCCAAUCCUUUAACUGCCGCCAACGUGGGGCUUAAUUUCUGUCCUCUGCAAACAGCGGCGGCAGCAGCAGCAGCAGCAGCGUGGAGGAAGCGAUGAAUGGUCAGAAAGGGGCGGUGGCUGACUCUUUGCCCUCCCCAGACGGUCGCCGUCCCUGAGUUCUCCCAGCGGCCGCGGGAGAAACGCUGCGGAGGGCUACUUGGAGAAGGGUGCGAGACGGAAGCAGCGCUGCCUCUCCGUUUCCCUCCUCCUGUCUUUCAUUUUUGGCGGGCGGGUAGGAGAGUUUCUGCCAUGACUACAUACAGCGGCGCUGAGUGAGCGCGCAUUCCCGAGCUGCCGUCGCCGCCGCCGGACACCAUGAGGAGACUGGCGCAGGUUUUUUUCCCGUUUCUGCUGUACCUCGGCAAGAUAAAAGCCAUUGCUACAUGUGAUAAAGAAUGCAAUUUCAUAAGCAAUAUAACAGAAACAACAAGUAUCCAGUUACCUGACAACUCUACAAAAUGGAAUGCAACUUUUCAAAAUGGAUCAAAUGUGCAUCUGUCUGGGAAUGACUCAAUUUCUGGGCCUCAUCCUGGUGUUCAGUACUUAGUUUAUUUCAAAAAUGGUACUAAAAUUUGCUGCAAAUACAUUUUUACAAAGCCCAGUCCAGUUUUUGAUAUUAAAGCUGAAAACAUCACUACUAAAACCUUGGAUUUAAAAUGGGAAAAUAAUGAUACAAAUGCACUGAAUAACACUUAUCGAAUACACAUUGAUGGACCUGGUCAUUUGCGCAAUAUAACUUCUAGUACCACAUAUGUGCAAAUUAUUCAGUUGGACCCUGGAACAUUAUACAGGUUUGAAAUAUAUGCACAAGUUGGUGAUAAUAAAACUGAAGGAGAACCAAAAGGAAUAGAAGUUUAUACAAAGCCCAGUCCAGUUUAUGAUAUUAAAGCUGAAAGCAUCACUACUAAAACCCUGGAAUUAAGGUGGGAAAAUAAUGAUACAAAUGCAGUGAAUUACACUUAUCGAAUACACAUUGAUGGACCUAGUCAUUGGCACAAUAUAACUUCUAAUACCACAUAUGUGCGAGUCAUUCAGUUGGACCCUGGAACAUUAUACAGGUUUGAAAUAUAUGCACAAGUUGGUGAUAAUAAAACUGAAGGAGAUCCAAAUGGGACAGAUGUUUAUACAAAGCCCAGUCCAGUUUUUGAUAUUAAAGCUGAAAACAUCACUACUAAAACCCUGGAUUUAAAAUGGGAAAACAAUGAUACAAAUGCAGUGAAUUACACUUACCGAAUACACAUUGGUGGACCUGGUCCUUUGCGCAAUAUAACUUCCAAUACCACAUAUGUGCGAGUCAUUCAGUUGGACCCUGGAACAUUAUACAGGUUUGAAAUAUAUGCACAAGUUGGUGAUAAUAAAACUGAAGGAGAUCCAAAAGGAACAGAAGUUUAUACAAGUAAGUAUAUUAAAUUAAGAGAUGUGAUGUAUAUUACCUUAUUACAUAAAGAGAUUAUAUAAAAUAAGCAAUGAGGUGAGAUUAUAUUAUAUCUACCUGCAUGUGAACUACAAGGGUAAAGCCUAUACAUGCAUGACACAGAGUUAAACAAGAGGAUAUACCCUGUAUAACAUGCUGGAACAUUCUUGUGCACCUUUUGCUGCAUCUAAGUGAUAUAAUUUGCAUGUUACCAUAGGGGAAUA